CCCCGGAACAGCCGGUUCGCUUCCGGCACGCGCACGCGCACGCGCAGCAGUGUUUUGACAGCUCCGGCCGAGGAGAAGGAGCAGCUGUCGCGAGAGUUGGCGGCACGCCGCCUAGUGAGGGCUGUCAUUAUGGCGAGCCUGGGAAGCGAGGCGGAGCGGGAGCCCCUCCUGGGCCCCGGCUCCCCCGGAAGCAGAGAAUGGGAUAUGAUAGAAACCCAAGAGCACUACAAGAGUAGGUGGAGAUCUAUUAGGAUUCUCUACCUCACUAUGUUCCUCAGCAGUGUAGGUUUUUCUAUUGUGAUAAUGUCAAUCUGGCCUUAUCUUCAAAAGAUUGAUCAUACAGCUGAUGCAAGUUUUUUGGGCUGGGUUAUUGCUUCAUAUAGUCUUGGCCAAAUGGUAUCUUCACCUCUAUUUGGCUUAUGGUCUAAUUAUAGGCCAAGAAAAGAACCUCUUACCGUCUCCAUCUUUAUUUCGGUGGCAGCCAACUGCCUGUACGCGUAUGUCCAUGUGCCAGCUGCUCAUAAUAAAUACUACAUGUUGGUUGCUCGUGGACUGGUGGGAUUUGGAGCAGGAAAUGUAGCUGUUGUUCGAUCAUACAUUGCUGGUGCCACUUCCCUUCAGGAAAGAACAAGUGCCAUGGCUAAUACAAGCACAUGCCAAGCCUUGGGCUUUAUUCUGGGUCCAGUUUUCCAGACUUGCUUUGCACUCAUUGGAGAAGAGGGUUUGACAUGGGACACCAUCAAGCUGCAGGUCAACAUGUACACAGCACCAGUUUUACUUGGAGCCUUCCUGGGAAUUCUAAACAUUAUUCUGAUCCUUUUUAUAUUAAGAGAGCAUCGUGUGGAUGACACGGGACGGCAGUGUAAGAAUGUGAAUUCUCAAGAAGAAAAUACAGAUGAACUUCAGAUCCCUGAAGGAAGUAUUGACCAAGUUGCUGUUGUGGCUACCAAUAUUCUGUUUUUUGUGGUUUUGCUUAUCUUUGCCAUUUUUGAAACGAUCCUCACUCCAUUAACGAUGGACAUGUAUGCCUGGACCCAGAAGCAGGCUGUGCUCUAUGAUGGAAUAAUCCUUGCUGUAUUUGGAGUUGAGGCAGUUCUUGUUUUCAUGGGGGUUAAAUUACUUUCCAAAAAGGUUGGCGAGCGCGCUAUUCUCCUGGGAGGACUCAUGGUUGUGUGGGUCGGCUUCUUUAUCUUGUUGCCCUGGGGAAAUCAGUUUCCCAAAGUACAGUGGCAAGAUUUACACAACAGCUCAAUCCCUAAUACUACAUUUGGGGAAAUUAUUCUUGAUCUUUGGACUUCUCCAAGAGAAGAUCACAGCGAACAGCCAGUUGGGUGCCCAAUUGAGCAAGCCUGGUGCCUGGACACCCCGGUGAUCCAUGUGGCCCAGUUCCUGACAGCUGCUGUGCUAAUUGGAACAGGCUACCCAGCCUGCAGUGUCAUGUCCUAUACGCUAUACUCGAAAGUUCUAGGACCCAAGCCUCAGGGUAUAUACAUGGGCUGGUUAACCACUUCUGGAAGUGCAGCACGGAUUCUUGGGCCUGUGUUCAUCAGCCAUGUGUACACUUACUUGGGCCCACGAUGGGCAUUUAGCCUUGUGUGUGGAAUAGUAGUGCUAACCAUCUUGCUAAUGGGAGCCGUUUACAGAAGACUCAUUGCCUUUUCUGUCAGAUAUGGGUGGAUCCAGGAGUAAGCUCACAGUCUCUGCUGGAUGCCUGCUGCCUACCAUCUCCAACUCAACCUUGAGUAACUUAACUAUGAACUGUAGGAUGUGUGAGAACAUUCUGGGUCAUAAUCUCCUUAUCAAAAGUGAACUAUUUUUCAUAUCAUACCUUACUGGAGUUCCAUGAACUCAUCAGUGAAUGGAUAAUCAUUUAUAGGUAUGAAACUACACUCAGUGUAAACUGUAGAGCUCUCUCUAAAACAAUGGGACUAUGCAAGUACAGCUGGGGUAAAAUUCUGUAUUAAUCCGCCAGAACAAAAUACUUUUUUAAAACUAAAUUAAAAUACAAGUAAUUUCAUGAAAGUGUUUUAAAAAUAAAAAUGCAGGGGUUGGGGAUUUAGCUCAGUGGUAGAGUGCUUGCCUAGCAAGUGCAAGGCCCUGGGUUCGGUCUUCAGCUCUAGAAAAAAAAAAAAUAGUGACUAAAAAUAAAAAUGCAUUAUUGUUAAGUUUCUUAGUAAAAUUAAAACUGAGCCUUAAAUUCUUUUAGCCUACUACAACCACAUUAGGUGCCCUGGUUGUAAUUUGAAUAUUGCACCUUUGUCUAUUUUAAUUUAGAAUCUGAUUCUAAAUUAACCUGUAAGAAAAAUUCUAAUAUCUGAGGAGUAAAAAAGACAAAUACUCAACUUAGCUUUUAUUACCGUAGAAGGCUACCUUCUUUCAAGUGUUGGUAAAUUCACAUUAGAAACAUAAGUUAAAUGUGUUUUAAUAUGGUAUUAAUCGCAAAGGAUUCUUAAAAUGAUUGCUAUUUUCCAAGCCCUUUAAACUCUAGUGCACACUAACCCAUUAGUGGCCCUUGUCAGUAAUGACAGAUAGGAACAGCUGUUUCCAGCCUGCCUGCAAACCCAUUCACAGCAGCAGACCUGCAAUUGGACUUUGGAUGCUAUGACAGUCUUCUCUGAUCAGCUCAGGAUUUGAGACUGAAUGGCCUAAGGGGACUCAUGAAACUUCUAGUUUCUACCUCUGUGUGAAUCAAGCACUGGUAUGUGUAUAGGAAUCAGAAGUGUUUUCCCAUUCUGUUGCCAUGGUUUCAGAUCUGAGCGUGAACAUAUUCUCCACUUUGUAUCAUUUAGUCUGCGGAAGCCAUCAGCACUAAGUGAUAGCAGCAUUUUGCUUCAGUCAGUUUUUGUCAGUCCUGAUGUCCUCUUACCUGCUGUUCUGUUCUUCCUCUUUUCCUGUUGGGUUACUUCUUACCUUAAAUUCCACCUUUGUGUGGUGUGCCCAGAAACAAAGCUCCCUGUGUUCCUGUGAAACAGUUUCUCACAGCAAGCUUAGGGUUGAAGGUAAGAUCCUGCUUCCUGAUAUAUGCCAAUGAAUGUAUACAAGUCACAUAUCUUCAGAGGCUACCACAUGACUGCUGUACUUUCUCCAAACAGGAAAACUGCUCCAGAAAGGUAUACUAGCAGUUACUUAACUGUGAGGAAUUAUUUGCACCAGUGACUCAGAUUUGCAGAAAUAUUUGGGAAAAAAAAAAAAACCCUUUAAGAUCACUGAAUGAAGCUUUUUUCUGAGCAUGCCAUGUUCACAGCAAGAACAUAAGUUUCCCAGCCCUAGAAGUGUAACACUGUGAUUCAGAUGACUACAACAUGGCAAAAGUGACUGCACCUUUUUUACUGAGGCACUCACUGCCUGGGAGAUUAGACUUCACACCUCACUGAGGGAAGCGACAAGUUUAGGGAAAGAGCUAGGAGUCUAAAAUUAGCACAAGGUAAAUCUUGAAUAAAACAAAGUGAGUGUGAAUUGAAAGAAACCUUAAGGUAUGAAAACUGUUAUGAGUGUAUUUUGAAGGUAUUUUUGAAAACCCAGAAAAGGGUUAUUUCCUCAUUUUUAAUGAACUGUUACUUCAUAAGGCAUCUCUAGCCAUUAUGCUUCUCUAUUUAAAACAAGCUCAUUUCUUGUAUUAAAGUGAAAUAAACUUGUAAAUUUUAAUUUGA